ACCAGUCAAUACUGUAGAGUUAGGGAGGCGGGCCCAGUGGCUCCAGCAGCACAGCAGAAAAUGUGUGACAUUCAUGUAGUGUUAUGAAUCAUUUCAUUGUGCAGGCAUGAGGUCCCCUCUGUUGGCACAUCUUCUCUCCCUGCUCCUGGCAGCAGGAGAUGUCACAGGGAAGGAGGUGGACAGGAAGCCCAACUUUGUUCUGAUGAUGGUGGACGACCUGGGCAUCGGUGACGUAGGAUGCUACGGUAAUGAUACUGUCAGGACUCCUAACAUAGACAGACUUGCUUCUGAAGGGGUAAAGCUGACUCAGCACAUUGCAGCUGCUCCUCUCUGCACCCCUAGCCGAACUGCUUUUAUGACGGGACGCUAUGCACUCCGCUCAGGAAUGGGCAGCACAGGCCAUGUGCAGGUGCUGCUGUUCCUUGGAGGUUCAGGGGGGCUGCCACCCAGUGAGACCACCUUCGCGAAGAGGCUGCAGCAACAAGGAUACACCACCAGCCUAGUGGGAAAGUGGCACUUGGGUGUGAACUGUGAACACAGAGGGGACCACUGCCACCAUCCGAACCAGCAUGGCUUCAGCUACUUCUACGGCCUGCCGUUCACCCUGUUCAAUAACUGUGUGCCCGGAGAGGGGAGUGAUGUCCUGGUAGACCUCCAGCACGCACUCCAAAAUCUGACCAUGUUGCUUGUAGUGGGACUUUUCACACUGGUGUGUGUCCGUGUGUGUGGCCUCCUUGAAGUCAGCCUGUGGCUCCUGGUAGCGCUUUGGUUUCUCACUAUCCUAGCAACCGCUGUGUGGUAUAUUCCCUUUGAACUCAUGCCGACCUGGAACUGCAUCAUCAUGAGGAACCAAGAAGUGAUCGAGCAGCCAAUGACGGUGGAGACGCUGCCCCAGAGGUUGCUGGGAGAAGCACAAAAUUUUAUUAAGAGGAAUGUUGAUCGUCCAUUCCUCCUCUUCUUCUCACUGGCCCAUAUCCACACGCCACUCUUCAAAACCCCCGCCUUUGCUGGCAAAAGUCGCCAUGGUCGCUACGGUGACAACCUAGAAGAAGUGGACUGGAUCAUCGGUAAAAUGACAGAGACGGUGGACUCCCUCGGCCUGGCCAACAAUACUCUGAUGUACUUUACAUCAGACCAUGGUGGACACCUAGAGGAUGCUGAUUCGGUAAUCGGCCAGAAAGGAGGCUGGAACAGCAUCUAUAAAGGUGGGAAAGCUAUGGGGGGUUGGGAGGGGGGGAUCAGGGUGCCUGGUAUUUUCCGCUGGCCUGGCAGACUGGCAGCUGGAAAAGUAGUGGACGAACCCACUAGCCUCAUGGACCUUUAUCCAACACUGAAAUAUUUGGCCAAGGACACACAACCAGACAGACAAUUAGACGGCUAUAACCUCAUGCCAUUGUUAGAGGGGAAGGUAGAGCGAUCAGAGCAUCAAUUCAUGUUCCACUACUGUGGAAUCUACUUGAAUGCAGUACGCUGGCACCCACCCGGAAGUGACUCUGUCUUCAAGGUGCACUUCUUCACUCCCAACUUUUCUCCCCCGGGAGCCGGUGGAUGCUAUGACACUAAGGUCUGUCUAUGUCACGGAGAACAUGUGACGCACCACAACCCACCGCUGCUGUAUGACCUUUUCCAUGAUCCCUCAGAGUCUCACCCACUGACCCCUGAUACUGAGCCGCGAUACGCUGAAAUCCUCGAGCAGACGGCCAAAGCUGCGGAGAGACAUCAAAAUACCCUCACAAACAAGCCACACAGCCAAAUGACAUGGGACAAGAUUCUGUGGAGACCCUGGCUUCAGCCCUGCUGUGGAACUUUUCCGUUCUGCGGCUGCAAAGAGGAGACAACACAUAUGUCUUAAAAAGUUGAAGAAAAACAACUUGGGUUUGGUGAAGCUCCUUGAAUCUGCGGCAGGGUUUUCAUUUUUUUCAAGAAUAAUACUGUGCCUUUUGUAGUUCUGGGUGCGUUCAGGAGCUUUCACCAUUCCCAGCGUUCAAAAAUGUGUCAUGAAAAGUUUUGGCCUACAGACUUUUACAAUUAAAAUUGAUGUACAAUGAUAUUAAUUGUAUUGUAACUAAGAUUGAAAUUAUUGUUUAGUAAAAUGAAAAUGAACACACCUUCAAAACUGAAACUAAACUUAAAAUUAAGUCACCCAACAUUAAUUGAAAUACUAUUGUAAUUGAUUCAAAUUAAAUGAAGAUUAAACAAUGCAUUGACUGCACUAUACCUGUGGUCAAUGAUUGUUACACUAUACAUACAUUGCAAUAGAGCCAAAAAAUAUACGUUUUACAUACAUGAAAGGGAAGUUUGUCGUUUACAUGUGUAUCGUCCACUAAGUGAAGGAUAUGUUCAGUUGGUGCUUUUAUUUCUUACUAUUAUUAUUUAUUCUAAUAAGUACAUGAUACAAUAAAAGGGUUAUUCAAAUAAAUCCUUAACUGCA